UAGCCGGCUCCACCGCCCGUUCCGGCCCACUGUUGCUGGCCGACUGAGUGGUCCCUGGCUUCGGCUUUAGCUUCCAGGAAACGAGCUCCUUCCCUGCUCCCACCAGCCACGAGAGCCGGAAGGGCCACUCGGAGUCAGCUUCGGGACUCGGGCUGACAUGAAUUGUGGCUGCUGGUCCUGGGACUAGGCCCCGCCAUUUUGGAUCCGCUGACAGGUUUGCCAAGAUGGUGGAUAAAAAUAUUUACAUCAUUCAAGGAGAGAUUAACAUUGUGGUUGGGGCCAUCAAACGAAAUGCCCGAUGGAGCACCCAUACUCCUCUGGAUGAAGAACGGGAUCCCCUGUUGCAUAGUUUUAGUCAUCUAAAGGAAGUUUUAAACAAUAUAACAGAACUCUCAGAAAUUGAGCCCAAUGUAUUCCUGCGUCCGUUUUUGGAAGUGAUUCGUUCUGAAGAUACCACUGGCCCUAUCACUGGACUGGCACUCACCUCUGUCAACAAGUUCUUGUCCUAUUCACUCAUAGAUCCUGCUCAUGAGGGCACAGCAGAGGGCAUGGAGAACAUGGCAGAUGCUGUCACCCAUGCCCGCUUUGUGGGCACUGAUCCUGCCAGCGACGAAGUUGUCCUGAUGAAAAUCCUUCAGGUGCUGCGAACUCUAUUGCUGACCCCAGUUGGUGCCCAUUUAACCAAUGAAUCUGUGUGUGAGAUUAUGCAGUCUUGCUUCAGGAUCUGCUUUGAAAUGAGGCUCAGUGAGUUAUUGAGAAAAUCCGCAGAGCACACUCUCGUAGACAUGGUGCAGCUGCUCUUCACAAGGUUACCUCAAUUUAAAGAAGAACCCAAGAACUAUGUGGGGACCAACAUGAAGAAGAUUUCUCCAUGUCUCCUCAACAAACUGGAGCUAAGUAGUGGGGAGCAGACCAAAGCCCUGAACCAGUUAGAGAGGGUACUACUCUUUAAGAACCUCAAGCUGAAAAUGAGAGCAGGAGGCAUGAGUGAUUCAUCCAAGUGGAAGAAACAGAAGAGAUCUCCCCGGCCCCCUCGCCAUAUGACCAAAGUCACACCAGGUUCAGAGCAGCCCACCCCCAAUGGAACUAAUUUAUCCUCUAAUCUCACUGGAGGCAUGCCCUUCAUUGAUGUGCCCACACCCAUCUCUUCUGCAAGUUCAGAAGCUGCCUCCACAGUGGUCAGCCCCUCUACAGACAGUGGCAUAGAGUUCUCCUCCCAGACCACCUCCAAGGAGGACCUCACUGACCUGGAGCAACCUGGCUCUCCAGGGUACAGCACAGCUGCAGAACCUAACAGCAGUGAGCUAGGAGUUCCUGAGCAGCCUGACCCCCAGGAAGGAGCCCAUGUGGAAAAGGCCCAGUCAACAUCUGUGGAAUCCAUCCCUGAAGUGUUAGAGGAGUGCACAUCACCUGCUGACCACUCUGACUCUGCCUCUGUCCAUGACAUGGAUUACGUCAACCCCCGGGGCGUACGCUUUACACAGUCCUCCCAGAAAGAAGGUACAGCUUUGGUCCCCUAUGGUCUUCCCUGUAUCCGUGAACUCUUCCGUUUCCUCAUCUCCCUCACCAAUCCACAUGACCGCCACAACUCAGAGGUUAUGAUUCACAUGGGACUACAUUUACUGACAGUGGCUCUUGAGUCAGCCCCUGUAGCACAGUGUCAAACCCUCUUGGGCCUCAUCAAAGAUGAGAUGUGUCGCCACUUAUUCCAGCUACUCAGUGUAGAGCGACUGAACCUUUAUGCUGCUUCCCUACGGGUAUGCUUCUUACUGUUUGAGAGCAUGAGGGAGCACCUCAAGUUCCAACUGGAGAUGUACAUCAAAAAGUUGAUGGAGAUCAUCACUGUGGAAAACCCCAAGAUGCCUUAUGAAAUGAAAGAGAUGGCACUGGAGGCUAUUGUGCAACUCUGGCACAUCCCCAGUUUUGUCACCGAGCUCUACAUCAACUAUGAUUGUGACUACUACUGUUCCAACCUCUUUGAGGACCUCACCAAGUUGCUGUCCAAGAAUGCCUUCCCUGUGUCUGGUCAGCUCUAUACAACACACCUACUGUCUCUUGAUGCCCUGUUGACAGUGAUUGACAGCACCGAGGGCCAUUGCCAGGCUAAAGUCCUGAACAACCUUACCCAGCAGGAGAAGAAAGAGGCAAAUAGACCCAGCUAUGAAGCAGUAGAUAGCACUCGAGAAGCCAGCAAUACUGAGAAAGCAGCCAGUGAUGGGAAAGCUGUAAGCGUGGCCCCAGGCAUUCCAGGUCUGCAUCUACCGAGUGGAGGGCGGCUGCCAGCAGAGCAUGGGAAGCCAGGAUGCAGUGAUCUGGUGGAAACUGGUGACUCUGGGGCUGACAAAAAGUUUAGUCGGAAGCCACCUCGAUUUUCCUGCCUUCUGCCAGAUCCACAAGAACUGAUUGAAAUUAAAAACAAAAAGAAGCUGCUGAUCACUGGCACAGAGCAGUUCAAUCAGAAACCAAAGAAGGGGAUCCAGUUUCUGCAGGAGAAGGGCCUUCUCACAAUCCCAAUGGACAACACAGAGGUAGCCCAGUGGCUCCGAGAAAACCCUCGGCUAGACAAGAAAAUGAUUGGAGAGUUUGUGAGUGAUCGCAAAAACAUUGACCUGUUGGAGAGCUUUGUGAGUACCUUCAGCUUUCAGGGUCUUCGGUUAGAUGAAGCUCUCCGCCUCUAUCUGGAAGCCUUCCGCUUGCCUGGGGAAGCACCAGUCAUCCACAGGUUACUGGAAGCAUUCACAGAGCAUUGGAGGAAUUGUAAUGGCUCCCCAUUUGCCAAUAGUGAUGCCUGCUUUGCCCUGGCCUAUGCUGUCAUCAUGCUUAAUACUGACCAGCAUAACCACAACGUUCGCAAACAGAAUGCACCCAUGACGCUGGAGGAGUUUCGAAAAAACCUAAAAGGUGUGAAUGGAGGCAAAGAUUUUGAGCAAGACAUCCUGGAAGACAUGUACCAUGCCAUCAAGAAUGAGGAAAUUGUGAUGCCUGAGGAGCAGACAGGUUUGGUUCGGGAGAACUAUGUAUGGAAUGUGCUGCUUCAUCGAGGUGCCACCCCAGAGGGCAUAUUCUUACGUGUGCCUGCUGGCAGCUAUGAUCUUGACCUCUUCACCAUGACCUGGGGCCCUACUAUUGCUGCUCUUUCUUAUGUCUUUGACAAAAGCCCUGAGGAGACCAUCAUCCAAAAAGCCAUCUCAGGCUUCAGGAAAUGUGCCAUGAUCUCCGCCCACUAUGGCCUCAGCGAUGUAUUUGACAAUCUCAUCAUCUCCCUGUGCAAAUUCACAGCUCUCAGCAGCGAGUCUAUUGAGAAUCUGCCCACUGUGUUUGGAAGCAACCCUAAAGCCCACAUUGCAGCCAAGACAGUUUUCCAUUUGGCCCACCGUCAUGGUGACAUCUUGAGAGAGGGCUGGAAGAAUAUCAUGGAAGCCAUGCUGCAGCUCUUUCGAGCGCAACUGCUACCCAAGGCUAUGGUAGAGGUAGAAGAUUUUGUGGAUCCCAAUGGCAAGAUAUCACUACAGCGAGAAGAGACACCAUCAAACCGAGGAGAAUCAACAGUGCUGAGCUUUGUGAGCUGGCUGACACUAAGUGGUACUGAGCAGUCUAGUGUACGGGGACCAUCCACCGAGAGCCAGGAGGCCAAAAGAAUGGCCUUGGACUGUAUCAAGCAAUGUGACCCAGAAAAGAUGAUCACAGAAAGCAAGUUCCUCCAGCUAGAAUCACUGCAAGAGCUGAUGAAGGCUCUAGUCUCAGUGACACCAGAUGAAGAGACAUAUGAUGAAGAGGAUGCUGCUUUCUGUCUGGAGAUGCUACUGAGAAUUGUGCUGGAGAACAGGGACCGUGUGGGCUGCGUGUGGCAGACUGUUCGAGACCACCUAUACCACCUGUGUGUCCAGGCCCAAGAUUUCUGCUUUCUUGUGGAGCGGGCUGUGGUGGGGCUACUGCGCCUGGCCAUUCGGUUACUCCGGAGAGAAGAGAUCAGUGGCCAGGUACUGCUUUCCCUGCGCAUUUUGCUACUGAUGAAGCCCAGUGUGCUGUCCCGGGCUAGCCACCAGGUCGCCUAUGGCCUCCAUGAACUCCUCAAAACAAAUGCGGCCAACAUCCAUUCAGGGGAUGACUGGGCCACCCUCUUCACUCUGCUGGAAUGCAUUGGCUCAGGUGUGAAGCCUCCAGCAGCCCUGCAGGCCACAGCCAGGACCGAUGCACCUGAUGCUGGAGCCCAAUCAGACAGUGAACUCUCUUCUUUCCAUCAAAAUGAUGUGAGUCUGGACCGAGGGUACACUUCUGACUCAGAGGUCUACACUGACCAUGGCAGACCUGGCAAGAUCCACCGAUCAGCCACAGAUGCUGAUGUGGUCAACAGCGGUUGGCUAAUGGUGGGUAAGGAUGACAUUGAUAAUUCCAAGCCAGGACCUGGGACCAGCCGGCCAGGCUCCUCACCCCUGGUCAAUCAGUACAGCCUAACAGUGGGCCUGGAUCUUGGACCACAUGACACUAAGUCCCUGCUUAAGUGUGUGGAAUCACUGUCCUUCAUCGUGCGUGAUGCUGCCCAUAUCACACCUGACAACUUUGAGCUCUGCGUCAAGACUCUACGCAUCUUUGUGGAGGCCAGUCUGAAUGGUGGGUGCAAGUCCCAGGAAAAACGUGGCAAGAGUCACAAAUAUGACAGCAAAGGGAACCGCUUCAAGAAGAAAUCCAAGGAGGGCUCAGUGCUUCGACGACCUCGAACAUCCAGCCAGCAUGCCACCCGGUGUGGACAUAGUGAUGACGAUGAGGAUGAAGGCGUGCCUGCUAGCUACCAUACGGUGUCUUUACAGGUCAGUCAGGACUUGCUGGACCUGAUGCACACACUGCACACACGGGCGGCCUCUAUCUACAGCUCAUGGGCAGAGGAGCAGCGCCACCUGGAGACAGGUGGCCGGAAGAUUGAAGCAGAUUCACGCACUCUUUGGGCCCACUGCUGGUGCCCUUUACUGCAGGGCAUUGCCUGUCUGUGCUGUGACGCCCGGCGCCAGGUCCGGAUGCAGGCACUGACCUAUCUGCAGCGGGCAUUACUGGUACAUGAUCUGCAGAAGCUAGAUGCUCUGGAAUGGGAGUCCUGUUUUAACAAGGUGCUGUUUCCUUUAUUGACCAAGCUCUUGGAGAAUAUAAGCCCUGCAGAUGUGGGUGGGAUGGAGGAGACCCGGAUGAGGGCUUCUACACUGCUCUCUAAGGUCUUCUUGCAGCACCUGUCUCCACUGCUGUCACUCUCUACCUUUGCGGCCCUCUGGCUGACCAUCCUGGACUUCAUGGACAAGUACAUGCAUGCAGGCUCCAGUGACUUACUGUCAGAGGCCAUUCCUGAAUCUCUGAAGAACAUGCUUCUGGUGAUGGAUACGGCAGCAAUUUUCCAUAGUGCAGAUGCUCGAGGAGGCAGCCCUUCAGCCCUCUGGGAGAUCACCUGGGAACGUAUUGACUGUUUUCUGCCCCACCUACGAGAUGAGCUCUUCAAGCAAACUGUCAUCCAGGACCCCAUGCCCAUGGAACCUCAUACCCCAAAACCUCUGGCCUCAGCCCACCUGACCCCUGCUGCUGGUGACACCAGAACACCUGGCCAUCCACCUCCUCCAGAGACGCCCUCUGAACUGGGAGCCUUAGACUUUGAAAAGCCUGAGGCCCCCCGACCUACCAACAGCAGUUCCCCUGGAUCACCAGUGGCCUCUAGUCCCAGCAGGCUGAGCCCUACUCCAGAUGGGCCUCCACCUCCACUGAUCCUGCAGCCCUUGGCCUCCCCACUGCAGGUGGGUGUGCCACCCAUGACACUUCCCAUCAUCCUCAACCCUGCUCUCAUCGAGGCCACUUCGCCAGUACCCCUCCUGGCCACAUCCCGCCCCACAGACCCCAUUCCCACCUCCGAGGUCAACUAAGGCAGACUCCUCAGAUAUCAAGACCAGUACUUCCUUCCAGAUUGCCCCCAGCAACCCCCUUCCAGCUGUCUCAGAGGCCACAAACUCUUCAGGCCCAGCCCAAGCUGCUCUUAACUGCUAGUUGGAUGGGGACCGAAAAAGAGAACUAUUAUAGCCCUUUCUGGGAACCACAGUUAGGUUGCAGGAACUUCUUCCUCUGCUCUCCAUUUCUGGGGGUCCAACCUGAGAGCACACUCAGGUAUCACCUGCAGCCUGACAGCUCUGGGGAGGUGUCACUGCCUUCCCUGCAGUGCCCACCCUGCUGUCCAUGGUCAGGCAUUGAGAGCCAAGCCAACCACUCUGCACUUUGUUUCCCUCUCCCAUCUUCACUCCCAUCAGCCCUGGGCCACCUCCUCCAGUUCUUCCCCUUUUAUUAAUCAGUUGGUCAGUUUGGAGAGUUAAUUGGCACCUUGGAAGAUGGGGAGGUGGGGCUGGACAGGGGGACUACCCACAGGAGCAUGUACAUAUAGGAAAACUAUGGACUUUUUAUGGUAUAAUAAAUGUCUUAGUACCA